AUGGACCUCCUGGCCACGGUGCGCAAGGAAGGUUCGCGAGGUGGUCGCGGCGAAUUCAAGUGGUCCGAGGUGCAGACAUCUACUCGUCGUGAGCAUUAUCUGGGCCAUUCUUUGAUGGCACCCGUGGGACGCUGGCAAAAAGGUCGCGAUCUCAACUGGUACGCGAAGGGCGGGACCGAUACGGAAACCGAGGAGGAAGCCGCUGCCAGAGCUGCAAGAGAGCGGAAAGAAGAAAUUCAACGAAUCAAGGAGGCUGAAGAGGACGCACUCGCAAGAGCCUUGGGCUUACCUGUUGCACCACGGAAUAACCCCAACAUGGAAGAAUUAGGCGCCCGCCGCGAGGUUGGCAAGAUUUUGAAGGAGUCCACCGAAGAGAACGAAACUGCGGGUUCACAAGGUGUCGGAUACGGGCGCCUUGCAGGGGUGUCAGGAUCAACGGAGACGGAACCCAUAGUGGAACGGUUGGAAGGACAUAGAAGCGGACAAGACACCGAGCUUCAGUAUGCAUUGAAGGAAUACAACAGACGCCAUGGUGUCGGAGCAGAGACCGCCGCAGAGAUCGCCACAGAGAUUAUGAGCAUCGAAGAAAGCACAGAGAUGAAGGUCAUCGACGAAGCCACCACCGGUCACCCUCAGCUGGCCGCCACGAGAGCAGACGCCCUAGGUCGGCCUCUCGCGACAAACAUCGCGGUCACGGUCGGCGAGAGAGAUCGAGAAGCAGGUCCCCCGGUCGUCGCCGCCAUCAAACUGACCAUGGCGGGCGCGACAGUAGAAGCCGACACGAAAGACGCUAAUUUCCACUGGGUGUUGAUUCCGUGA